AUGAGACCAAGCUCUGUGGUGCAGCAUGCCUCAGCAGGCCACGUCUCCAGCCCAGCCCUUGGUAAAGCAGCGCUGACUGAAGGACUCGGUUCCCAGGGAAGUGGCCGACACUGUCCCCUCUCCAGUAUGUGCCCCCACGGCCCCUCCUUCUGGGGCUGCUUCCUCGUCCUCUGCCUGGGGAGUGCUCUCGGGGAGGCCCAAGGCUCCUCCGUCUUCCCUCCACUUCCCCACGUGGACCAGUAUGAAGUGGUCCGGCCUCUCCGCUUGCCCGUGUCGGGGGCCCGGAAUGAACUCUCUUCCAGGGCGACUCUGUAUCCCGAGACCAUCCGCUACCUGCUGGGCCUGAGAGGCAACAACUUCACCCUCCACCUUCGCAGAAACAGGCACCUGCUCGGGUCGGACUACACAGAGACCCACACGCUGGCCAACGGCACCGAAGUCACGGCGAAGCGGGGGGCCGGCCACCACUGCUUCUACCAGGGUCAUGUGGAGGAGCACCAGAAUUCCAUCGCCAGCGUGAGCACCUGCCGAGGCAUCCGCGGCUUUUUCAAAACUGGCUCCACCGUCCAUCUGAUUGAGCCUCUAGAGCACAAGAGGCACCGCAGCCUCCAGGAGAGAGCUGGCAGCGCCCCGGGGAGGCAUAACCUGACCCAGGGAAGGCACGGCGGCACCCCUGAGAGACACGGCGGUCCCCUGAGGAGACACGGCACCAGCAAGGCCUAUGAGAGCAGCCUGGAGAAAUCCAGCAGCCCCCUUGAGAUGUAUGGCUUCACUCAGGAAAAGCCCAGCAGCAGCUCUCAAAAGGCACACGAGCCCGAGAGAAGCGGCACCACUCAGGGGCCCCGGGGGGGCAGCGAUCCGGGGAAGCAGGGGAGCCUCGUGGACAGAUACGACAGCCUGCGGGAGAAAGCGGGCGCCACGCAGGGCAAGCACAGCAGCACUCAUGAAGUGCCCGACAGGAAUCAGGAGAGGCCUGGGGACAUCCAGAGGCGCCACGGCACCACCCAGGGGAAACAGGAGGGACCCGAGGCCUCCCCGAGCAAGGCCAGCAGCCCCCAAGCCCCCCAGGGGAGCCGCCCCAGGGACCAGAGGAAGCAUGCCAUCUACAGGCAGCAAGGCCUCAAGGAGAAGCAAGGCAAGUGUGGAGUCAGCAAGAUCAGCCUGAAGGGAGAACUGGAGACCCUGAUGGCCGCGGCCAGCACGCCCCUCAACUGGAAACCGGGGGCCGUGUCCAAGGAAACCCGCUACGUGGAGCUCUUCGUGGUGGUGGACAACACGGAGUACAAGAAAUACAAAAGUCUAAGCACGGUGCGGCAGCGGGUGAAGGAGAUCGUCAACCACGUGGACCGCAUUUAUCAGGAGAUCAAUUUCCGCGUGGUUCUGAUCGGUUUGGAAAUAUGGGACCAAGUGGACAAGGCCGCCAUCAACUCCAACAUACAGUCCGCCUUGGCCAGCUUCCUCCGGUGGCGGGAAAGUCACCUGGUCGGGAAGAAGAGUCACGACAACGCCCAGCUGAUCACGGGCGUAAACUUUGAGGGCACCAUCGUGGGCAUGGCCAGACUGGCCUCCAUGUGCACCGAGGGCUCGGGGGGAGUGAACCACGACUACAGCGAGAACCCCUUGGGAGUGGCCACCAGCUUGGCUCACGAGAUGGGCCACAACCUGGGGAUGGACCACGACGAAAACAUCCCAGACUGCCAGUGCGAGGAAAGCACGAAGCGCGGCUGCGUCAUGGCCUCCGGGUGGAGCAUGAUCUUCCCCAGGAAGUUCAGCAGCUGCAGUAAAGAAAACCUGCAGAAGUUUCUUUGGGGGACCAUCUUCACCCCAACCUGCCUGAACAACUACCCCGACCUGGAGAAGAUGGAGGGGCCGCCUGUGUGCGGGAACAAGUUUUUGGAAAAAGGAGAGGAGUGCGACUGUGGCCUGCCAGGGGAGUGCCUGAACCAGUGCUGUAACCCCAACAACUGCAGGCUGGCUAGCGGGGCCCAGUGCACAGAGGGCGAGUGCUGCCAGGCGUGCCAGGUGUCGCCCGCCGGCCAGGUGUGCCGGGAGUCCCAGAACUCCUGUGACCUGACCGAGUUCUGCGACGGCCAGCAUCCGAGGUGCCCGGAAAACGUGUACAAAGAGAACGGCAGCCCCUGCUCCAACGGCUACUGCUACAACGGGUCGUGCCCCACUUACAAGCAGCAGUGCCAGGCGCUCUGGGGCAUGGAGGCGGAUCUGUCCACAGAGAGAUGCUACCUGCUCGAGAUGCCCAAAGCAUGCACUGAAGCCUUCUAUCCCUCCAAGAAGGGCCUGAUCAAAUGCGAAUUCCUGUUCUGCUCGCGACCCAGCAGCGAGCACGCCAAUCGGGAGCUGUGCAGCUUCCUUCUGGACCGCGACAGGUGUGACCUGGCCAUAACCAAGAGCGAGAACAACGACCCUUUUGAGAUGGUGGCCACAGGAACCAAGUGUGGCAAGGAGAAGGUGUGCUUCCAGAAGCAGUGCCAGGACCUCAGCAUCUACGGAUCCAAGAACUGUUCCAGUAAGUGCAACAGCCGGGGGGUCUGCAACCACAAGCAGGAGUGCCACUGCGACCCGGGCUGGGCGCCCCCGCUCUGCCUCCAAAGGCUCACCGCCUUGACAGAGAAGAAAGAGUCCUGGAGACUCGGCUCCCAGGAACCGUCCACACACGCGCUCAACUUGAAAGACAGGAGAGUGCUGGUGGGUGUCCUUGUGGCCUUGUCAUUGCUGGCCAUACUUGCCAUUCUGGUAUUUGUCCUGUGCAAGUGGAAAUCGGGAAAGGGCCGCAGUGUCUCCAGUCUGUCUCCCACCUAUUAG